UCUUCCAGGCGCUGUUCAGAUGCUUUCCACCACCUUCAUUGGCUGCAUCAAAAUGUUUGUCCCCUGCUGUCUUUAUCAGCACAAGAGCCGUCUCUCCUACCCUCCGAAUUUCAUCAUGAUUAUGCUUUUCGUUGGACUGAUGCGGUUUGCAACUGUGGUUUUGGGGCUUGUCAGCUUGAAGAACGUGGCCGUUUCCUUUGCCGAAACCGUGAAGAGCUCAGCACCAAUUUUUACCGUUAUUAUGUCGCGUAUGAUUUUAGGAGAAUACACCGGGCUGUUUGUAAAUCUCUCCCUGGUCCCUGUGAUGGGCGGGCUGGCCUUGUGCACCGCGACCGAACUGAGUUUCAACAUCCUCGGCUUCUCGGCAGCCUUGUCGACGAAUAUUAUGGACUGUUUGCAGAACGUUUUCUCCAAAAAGCUGCUGAGUGGGGACAAAUACCGUUUCUCUGCUCCUGAGCUUCAGUUCUACACCAGCGCAGCUGCUGUGAUCAUGCUUAUUCCAGCUUGGGUCUUUUUCAUGGUGAGAUGUCCCUCCCACCCGGUACACACACACCCACACACACCAUUAGGGAAUGAGGUGGCACGUUGCUGUUUAUAUAAAACAGGCCACAACUGAGAUUCUGUCUUGUAGUGUAGUGUAGAAAUGCAGGUUUGGGGAAUGUUGUAAACGGUUGCAAGU